GUCUAAUAAGCAUAAUUGUUUUGUUACUUAAUAUUUCUGAUAUCGAUAUAUGCCAGUUCGAUAGUGUCGAGCCGCAUGUAUUUGUACUGCUUAGCACACAAUACACCAUAACACAAAAAUGUUACGACAUUUUAGCCGAAUUGGAUUUCAAAAUAUUAGACCAAAUUUUAAUGACGUCCAGUCCGUACGUCGCAUGGCUGGACAUUCAAAAUGGGCCAAUAUUAAGCAUAUUAAAGCGCAGAAAGAUGGAUUACGAGCAGCUCUUUUCACAAAGAUUUCCAGACAACUGCGGCUGGCUGUACAGGAAGGAAAAUCGGCCGAUCCUGCUGUGAAUACACUUUUACGAUCGGAAAUAGAAAAUGCAUUGAAGAGAAAUAUGCCAAUGGGAACAAUUCAAAAUACAAUUAAGAAAUGCCAGCUUAGCAAAGCACAGCUGAAAAAACAUCGCUUUGAUAUAAGAUUUAGAAGAAAAGUUUACAUGGUUUGCAGCAUAUAUAGCGAUAAUCUGCCUAUGGUUAAAAUGGAUGUUACACCAAUGAUUAAAAAAUCUGGAGCUGAAUUCAUAGAUGUGAGCCAUAUGUUUGAAGACUUUGGACUUAUAGAAGCUCGUUAUACGUCACCGUUAUCCACUACUGAAAACAGCUUAGAGGAGAAGGUCACUGAAGACGCAAUCCAAUUAGGUGCUGAAGAUGUUGAAAUUGUGGAUGUUACCACUGCUGCAGUAAAUUUCAUUUGCAGUCCGAUUCAUUUGACUGGCCUCAGCAAGACUUUAGAGCAAAAUGGUUAUUCGAUCGAAAACAGCGAGCAUGUAUUCACACCACAUAGUCUUGUACAGCUGGAUGCAGACGAAAAGAAGGCAUACACUGUAUUUGUACAGAAACUACGAGAUGUUCCUGGUCUAGAAGACAUCUAUGAUAACGUUGAAUAAAGUAAUGUAUUUAGC